AAAUUGUAUUUGUAUACGUACUAUCAAUACACGUACUUAAGAAUAUUUAUAGCGGAGAAUGUACUUCCGUUUCCCUGUCUGAAGAGGUUAUUUCUCCAAUUAGCUUAUAAGUGGUUGUAUAAUUUAUUACGGUCGCAAUGCAAACUCUUAUCGUAUUUGCAAAAUCUCUGAUAAUUUCACCAAUCGAGUGUACAUUUUAGUAUAAAUGCUAGAGACUUUCCAAAAGAGUCGUCAGUUCUGUUUAAACAUUCAAAAUGAGUCCGAAACUAGUUUUCCUUUUCUUCUGCCUUCAAUUGUGUCAUCUGUCCAUGUCGAUGGAAAUACCUCAAACUUUUACUCAAUUGAGCGAUUCUUCGAAAUGUGUAGCCUCAUGUGGCAAGUUCAAUCUCCAAAUUGGCAAGAAACUCUAUUACGUUGAAUCCAAGGAGAAGGUCAAUUGGUAUAAAGCAGUCAACAACUGCCGUAAGAUGGGUGGAUACUUGUUGAACAUUGAGAGCAGUACGGAAAUGGAUUUGUUUGCCGCUUUAUAUCCAUCGGACAGCCUCUGGACAUCCUCAAACAGUCUGGCAAAAGUUCAUCAAUCCUCAAACAUUCUUCUGUCAAAAACUUUUCUAUCCAUCACGACUGGAGAGCCGAUGCCCUACAAUAGAUGGAAUGAAUGUCAUUCGGACAUCGACACGGACAAGUGUGUGAAAAUGUCCAAGGGAUACUUAAAUACGGAAAACUGCGAGUCCCUGAUGUAUUAUGUGUGCCAAGCACACAUACUCUAUUGA